AUGAAUAUAAAUAAUAUACAUUCAAUUAGACGAGUUAUAGCAACUCAAAAUAAAAAUAUAGCAAAUUUUAAAGGAUUAUGCAAAGUAAACACCCGGAGUAUCAAUACUAUUAAUAACAUAAAAUCAUUUAAUAACAAUAAUAAUAGUAAUAUCAGUAAUAGUUUAAACGAACACAUUAAAUUAAAUAGUAAUUCCAAUAAUGACAUUAAUAAUAAAAACAAAAAUGUUUCAAAUUAUCUACAGUUUUUAAAUAAUUCAAUUAAAUGUAAUAAUAAAAUUAGUCAAUACUAUAAUUUUAGUAAUAAUCAAUCUAUGUUAUUUAAAAGACAGUUUGGUACCUCUACACCAAAUAAUAAAGAUGAUAAAACAAAUUUAGAAAAUAAAAGUGAAAAUAAUCAAAUAAAUAAUAAUAACAACAGUAAUAAUAAUAAUAAUAAUAAUAACAAUGAUAAUCAAGAAAAUGAACAUAACGAAAAUACAAAUAAUAGUGGUGGUAAUAAAAGAUAUCAAACAUAUAGAGAUGGUAUUUUUUCAUUUUUUUCAAGAUUAAUCGCAAAAGUCAAAUAUUUUUUAACUAGAAAUAAACCAUUAACAUCAGAUCAAAGAAUUGCAAUUAUAAGUUGGGCAGCUUUUGGAACUGGUGCUUUAGUUUUAAUUGGUACAACUUCUUUAGUUUCUCUUAUACUAUUUUUUGCCAAUACUUUUGAAUUUUCAGAAUUAAUUGCCAAAAAAGUUGGUCAAUAUUUGACAAAUAAUACAGGUAUUACAAUCACUUUUGAAAGAGCAAGAGGUGAUUUAAAAACAGGUUAUAUUAGAAUAGAAAAUGUUAAUGUUUCUCGUACACCAAGACCAGACGAUCAUUUAUCAUCGAUUCAGCUAUCUAUUAGACAAAUCGACAUAAAAUUAAAUUUCUUAUGGUUUUUAGAAGGCAAAGGUUUAAUUCAAGAAUGUUUAGUAAAUGGUGUUCGUGGUUUAAUUGAUAGAAGAACUGAAGGUGUAUAUUAUAAUAAAAAUAUGGUUUAUCCAAGAAGAAAAAAAGUUUCAGGUGAUUUCGAAUUUGAAAAAUUAGAAGUUAAAGAUUUUUUAAUAACAAUGUUUUUACCAGAUAGAAGUUAUAGACCAUUACCAAUUUCAAUUUAUCAUUUAGAAAGUGAUCGAUUUAGAAAACAAUGGAUGUUAUUAGAUUUAUUAUCUUGCAAAAGUAUAAUUGGUAAAUUUGACAACUCAUUAUUCACUUUUACCAUACCACAACAUCAUAGACCAUUUAAUAUCGAAUCUGAUGACGUUUUAUCGAAACAAUUACAAUCUUUUACAAAUAAAAUUCAAAAUUUUAGAAAUGAUAACUUCAACUUUGAACAUUUUACUUCAGGAAGUGAAGAAAAUGAAUCAUUUUAUUUAACUCACCCAAAUCCAUCAUCACAACCACCCCAACCAACUUUAUCAACAUCAACAUCAUCACAAACAACAAACUUAAAUACAAAUAAUAACAGCAAUAAAAGAAAUAAAACUCAAAGAGAUGAAAAACCCGAAUAUAGGGAAUUAAAAAUUGAUGGUUUAAAUAUUGACAUUCUUAGUAGAAAUGCAACUGGACCAUUAGGAUGGAUUAAAGAAGGUACAUUUGAUAUAGAUUUACUUUUACUAUUACCACACCAAGUUGAUGACAAGGAACUUUUAGAAACUGAACAAGUAGAGUUUGGUAUUAUUCCAGCAUCAGAAAAUCCACGUAUGAAUUUACAUUUGGAUUUCAAAGUACAAUUGAACCAUCUCUAUUCAGUUGCACCAUUGUAUACACCAGAGAUAAGUUAUAUUUCAAAUGCAUUGGCUCAUCCCAUUGUAGCUUACAUUAAUUCCCAUUCAAAACAUAUCCCAUUGUCAUUCAAGUUUGCAAUGAAUGUUCGUCAGUUUAAUGGUUCUUGGACACCCAGUCAAGCAUCUUUCUGGGAUAUGAUUUCUGCAUCGGUUUAUGAAGAACUUUUAAACAAAGUACAAGACACAAAAAAUGUAACAACUUUAAAAAAAGUAGCAUCCGAAUUAGUUAAUGAUUUUGUUCAAUGGUUGGCACCCCAUCUUCAAGCAUCUCAUUAUCAUCAAAAAGAAAAAGAAGAAGAGGAAGAGCUAUUAAAAUUAAAUGGUAAUAAAAUGGUUGAAACAAAUAAAGAAAUUAAUAACAUUGAUAAUCAAAUUACGCUUCCACCAACACCAGUAAAAGAAAGUAAUAAAAUUCAAGAAACUAUUUCCUCCCCAGAUGAAAAUAUUAGUGAAGAAGAACCAAUUGAAGUUAACCAACAACUAGUCUACUACCAACAAGUUCAAAAAUUGUUAGAAAUGCAACAACAAAAACAUACUUUAAAAUAUAAAUAA